ACCCCCGGGUGGGUGUGAGGUAUGUCCCCUCCAGCAGUUGUCAGCCAGCAAGUACCAGCUCGCCCCCUAAGAGUAGAAUAGGGCGUCUCCGGCCGUGUACGAGCGCCCAGCACCGGGGGUCCCCGCCUGGAUAUGAGGGGACAUCGCAGUGCAGGCUAUUCCUAGUCUCCUCACCCGUCAGUACUGGGCGGGGCCUGAGAGCUCCCCCUCCCGCCGCCGGAGAGAAUCACACCUCAGCUCUCAGUGUCUGCCCUGCGGCCGGAGCUCCGGGUCCCCUGUGCAUGCCCUGCCCGGCUGUGCGGCCUCUUCUCUGCACCCCUGUCCUGUCGGAGCGCUAUUAGGAUGGCACAGCUCGGCGUUACCCUGCUGCUGUCCCUGGCAGUGAUGGGCAUGGCGUGGACGGCUUAUGGACAAGAUGAUGACUGGAAUCUGGAAGAUGCUCUGGAUGACUACGUCCCAACUCAGAAGCCAAAGCCUGCAACAAAACCACCUAAAAUUCCAACUCGCAACACAGAUGUAUUUAUCCCAACUAAGAAGCCACGGGGACCACCUGUUAAGCCACCAAAUAAACCAGGUACUAAAGAUUUUGACUUGGAAGACGCCUUGGAUGACAGAAAUGACCCAAAUAGAGGAGGAGGUUCCACGAUUAACGAUAGCGAUAAACCCAAAGGUGGUAGAGACGCAGAUAUUUCAGACUCUGAUUUGGAAGACAUAGUUGGUGGAGGCUACAAACCAGAUAAAGGAAAAGAUGGGCAUCCUGCAGGUGGCAGAGAAAAUGAUAACUAUGAGAACUCAGGAGCCAUAAAUGAACCUGGAGCCAUUGCAGGGAUUGCAAGCGCUUUGGUGAUGGCACUAGUUGGUGCUGUGUCCAGCUAUAUCUCCUAUCAACAGAAGAAAUUCUGCUUCAGUAUUCAACAAGGACUUAAUGCGGACUAUGUGAAAGGAGAAAAUAUGGAGGCUGUGAUGGCAGAAGAGCCUCAAGUGAAAUAUUCUUCUUUGGAGGCUCAGUCUGCUCCUCCGCCCACAGGAGACCCAUCUAAAGUGUGAACACCGCAGCCAUAGUAGGAUUCUCCACCAGUUAUGGUACCAGCUGCACCUAUGGGGAUCAUUUAUGAAGAAAAAGCUGAAUAGGAAAAGUAAAAUGGCAAAAGACUUUUAUCUCCACUACCAAAAUGACAGAACUUGGAUAUUAUGGGAAACAGGUUUCCUUGUCGCCCUCUUGCAUAAAUACCCCCUCUCUAAUUUCUUGGGGGAUUGUACAUUUAUUUCUUAUUUAUUGGGCAUCCUAGCUCAUCUUAAGCUUAGGGUUUGUAUCCAUUGUAUUGGAUGCUUCCUUUUAAUGCGUUCCAAGUUUACAUUUUAGCUUUUUUAGUUUUUGUUUUUUUUUAUGAAUUUGAUAUUGCUUGCUAAUAUGCAGAACACCCAUUAUUUAAAGGCUAUGAACACCUUCAGAACAAUUUUUUUUUUAACUGUCCCAAUGUACAGCUCCAAUCUGACCAUAUCCAUGAUAACAGGUAAAAAAAAAUAAACUUCAAAGUCCGAUCUUGCAGCCAUCUAUUCCGCACAUUUUGUGAGUUUAUAUUGGAUACGUCAGCAAGAAGGAGUCUGACAUAAUGAUCUGACUACAGAGGUGCUUGUCUGUUACUGUGGAGGCAAAUAGGUUCCAAACUGUUCUUCCCUUUUUUUUUUAAUUUUUUUUUAAUUUUUUUUUUUUACUUCUAUCAGGACUGUUUGCACAGUUGCUUUAUUUUAUUUUGGAGCAAUAUAGAAAAAUACUUUGCACAGGUGGACAUAGCCUUUAAGGUAAAUUUACCUAUGUAGUCAACAAAUCUUAUGACUUUUUACUAUUUUAUUUAUGACUGUAAAUACAAGAACUGUUCAGCUUGAUCACACAUACAAACCUGAUUUUCACUUAUCAUAUGUUAUGUGUUAUGUAUCCAACUUGACGCUCGACUCUUGUAACUCGAGCAUCCAGUUGAUGGAUGCUGUGCAGAAUGAGUAACAAAGAUGUUAGCAGAGUCAUAUCAUCCAUAAUCCUCAUCCUCACCAUCACCACUAAAGGAUAAAAGAUUUAGAGUAUAGAACCAGGGUUUUAAGCUUGCACAAUAUUCAGCUCCAGCAUGGGGAGAAGGCGGCCAUUCUAGACAGUACAAAUGCUAAAGCCACAGUAUCACACCCAGCAAGUUCCAUGCCUAAGCCCCGUUCAUCAGAAAAGGGCUCAUGCACAGAACUCACUAGGCUGGUAUGGUUGCCUCGGCAGCUGUACCUCCCCAGUGUGGCCCUCCUUCCCUGUGCUGUACUGUCUCUACAGAUAGUGCCCCCUGAUUUGUUCUUAAAAUAGUCUACACAAGUGACAUGUUUUUCUAAAUGUAGCUUAGAAUGUGAGGUCAUUACAUGACGGUUCUGUUACAAUAAGAACAAGAUGUCUUCAUCUACCGUAUUUUUCGCCCUAUAGGACGCACCGGCUUAUAAGACGCACCCAAUUUUAAAGGUGCAAAAUCUAGAAGAAAAAAAAAUGAUUCUGAACCCAACAGUGAUCUUCAACCUGCGGACCUCCAGAUGUUGCAAAACUGCAACUCCCAGCAUGCCCAGACAGCCGUUGGCUGUCCGGGCAUGCUGAGAGUUGUAGUUUUGCAACAUCGGGAGGUCCGCAGGUUGAAGACCACUGGAUAGGAGGUAAUACUCACGUGUCCCCGCCGCUCCGGACCAGUCACCGCUGCCCUGGAUUUUGCUCCAUCGCUGUCGCCGCGUCCCCGUGGUGUCCCCUACACUCCGGACGUCUUCUUCCCCGGGAUCCACGCUCUCCGUCGCCGUCAUCACGUUGCCACGCACGCCGCUCCUAUUGGAUGACGGGACGGUGUGCGUGAUGACGUCGAAGGAGAGCGCCGGCCAUGAAGGGGAUCCCGGCAUGGAGCAGAUACCGAGGAGGCAGGUAAGGUCCCUCCCGGUGUCCUGUAAGCUGUUCGGGACGCCGCGAUUUCACUGCGGCGGUCCCGAAUAGCCCGACUGAGCAGCCAGGUUAGUGUCACUUUCCCUUCAGACGUGGCGGUCAGCUCUGAUCGCCGUGUCUGAAGGGUUAAUACAGGGCAUCACCGCGAUCAGUGAUGUCCUGUAUUAGCCGCGGGUCCAGGCCGUUGAUGGCCGCAGGGACCGCCGCAAUAGGUGUGUAUUCGCCGUAUAAGACGCACCAACUUCUCCCCCCCCCCCCCCCAGUUUUGGGGAAGAAAAAGUGGGUCUUAUACGGCGAAAAAUAAGGUAAACACCCCUCUCUUUUCUCAUUCAUAGGCUGUAUAUCCCGUAGCCUCUCCUCAUGUGACACAUGCUCCUACUACAUAGUUAUAGUAAUAGAAAGCAGAGACACUGCAGGCAUAAGAAUAUGAUGUCAGCAGCAGCUUGUUGACUGUUUCCACGUAGCAAUAGGACAACAUUAAUACAGAACACAUUUUGCCAUCUUCAGGUUUUCAAUUAGAAAUGCUAGAUAUUACCUUGACUGUGUGACUUGACGUUCCUAUUGACACAUUUCAUUCUGCAGGCAGGGUCAUUGCCUCCUAAGUUAUGGUUCUAGGUAUAUUCUGCUCUUUGGUGUGUAACCACUCCAUAAGUUUUCAGCAGGCAGGUAAUUUCCGAAUCCACAAUAAUAAAACAAUACAGAUGUCAGUCAUCGGUUUCAUUCCUGUUUUUAAAUGAAGGAUCUUUCUAAAUUUGGUGCCUUGCUGACUUGACUGAAUCAUGUUUAUGAAAUUCAAAUACAGGUAAAUCCUGGCACUUUAAAACCCUUUUUGACUGAAUUUGUCUGCAUUUAUAACAAGUUAUAUGGUUCAAUUUGAAUAAAUGGGUAGAAAAAAAAACUGUAUUGGUGCUUAAGGCUAAAUCUAUGUUUAUCUUGUGCCUGUUCCCAUCAUACGGUGGAGGAACCUUUCUGUGAGCACAGCUACAUGUGAUGCAUAAAAUACAUCUGACAAAUAUUUAAUGUGCAUAUUCACAAGAGAAAGAGCUGCCUCCUGCUCAACUGGAAACCAGCUCACUUACAUCUUUAUAGCCUGUAGUAUCAAUGUUGAAGCUACACCCAGACCAUCUCUAUAGGAAGACAUUAAAUGUUGCAUAAUAGACUAAUGACAUCUGUGACCCAUGUUGCACUUUCAAGGGGGUUGUCCCACAAUUAAGGGGGUAUUCUGGAAUUUAAAAAUAUAAAUCUUCUAUAGCUGGAGACUGCACACAAUUGUGGCAUCGUUUGAUCCCCUGAUCUCCUGUGCAGGACCUGCCUGCUCAGCCAAUCACGGUCUUAGCUAUUUAGUGGGCAGGUUAUGCACAAAAGUCUGCACAUAUAUUCACAAAUAACCAAAAAAAAAAAAUGUUUUUAAUGUUUUUGUAGACAUUGCUGUUAUAUAACUUGUUAUCAUGCCCCCUUGUGUUCAUUUGAUUCGGACUCAGCAUGUCCACCUAAUGUCUCCAGUGCUUAUGGACACACAUGCUCAGUCCCACAGUCUAAUCAUCUUGUACACUAGUGAUAGAAGGUAUUCUGCUGUUGUGCAGACCAGUCAAUACGAAUUAUCUCAAUAGAAGUGGCUUCUCUUCUUCAGCACUAAACACAUUAGAUGGACGUUCUGAAAGGGAAUCGUCAAAAACUUCAGGGGGCAUCAUGGCAGGUGGGUAACGGCAAUAUAAGUUUGCAUGUACAGAAUACAACCUGGAAGAGAUUAAGUAACCACAACAGAAUACACAGGGCAAAGUCUAUGUGGUUGUCACCCAGUGCAUUACUAGACUGUAAUACAGCAAUAUACCAUGCACACUGUCUGAUAUUGUCCAACCCCUCCAAUAAACACAAGGUUUUGAGGUCACUGACUAAGUCUGUUCACAUGUGUAAAAGAAGCUCCAAUUGACUUCAAUGUGUAAUGUUCAAACAGUGCUGUAAAAUGCAGCACCAAAGGAUUACUGUUUAAUGUACCCAUUUACUCUAAUGGUGAAUUGCAAAAACAGCAGCGAUUUUGCAAUUCCCUUAAGUAAAUGGGUGCUGCUUUUUUCGGCAACGUUUGAACAUUCCCCAUUGAAGUCAAUUGAAGCUGAAAACCAUCCUUCUUUUGGAGCUACUUGAAAGCCUCGUUCACAUCACCGCUGUGCUCUGCUAAUGGGAGCUCCGUUGCAAAAAGACAGGGAGAGGAGGAGGGAAAAAAUAUUGUAUGUGCUGUAUUUUUCUCCGCUCAUCUCCCCUAAAAUUACAGACACCUGACAGACCCCAUUCAAAGUCAAUGGGAUACAUCGGGACCUGCCGGUGCUCAUUGUGCUUCGCCCUUUUGAGGGUUCAUUAGGCUCUUUUCUUUUGUGCCUAACUCGCCCAUAACUGGGUGGAUCACAGCGGUGAUGUGAACUUAGCCUAACAGGUGUGCACAUCCCCUUAGGGGGAAGAACUAUUAAAAUGGGUGCAAACAAAAGUGAUAAUCUAGUAACCAAUGGGGUUGAUGCAUUCUUUUUGUAGUGUGUCUGACAUUAGUCUAGUUGCCAGUAUAAUCUGUAUAAGGCUGGGUUCACAUCACAUUUUUCCCCAUACGGGAGCGCAUACGGCAGGGGGGGAGCUAGAAACUUGCGCUCCCUUAUCCCUGCGUAUGCGGUCCUGUAUGUAAUUCAUUUCAAUGAGCCGACCGGAGUGAACCGAUCGGCUCAUUUUUCCCAGUAUGCGGUUUUCUACCGUACCUAAAACCAUAGUCAACCAUGGUUUUAGGUCCGGUAGAAAACCGCAUACAGGGAAAAAUUAGCUGACAGUUUCACUCUGGUUGGCUCAUUGAAAUGAAUUACAUACGGGACCGCAUACGGGAGCGCAAGUUUUUAGCUCCACCCGUUCUGCCGUAUGCGCUCCCAUAUGGGGAAAAAUGUGAUGUGAACCCAGCCUAAUCUGCACUAGUGCGCCUAGCAUGCCCACUUCUGUGUUUAAGAGAAGGAUACUAAAUCAAUACUAUUGUUUACUGAGGAGAAGCUUUGUUGUGACAUUGCUUCUUCAUAGAUAUUUGUACACUGUUUUGAUAGUAGGUCAGUGCUGCACAUAGACUUUGUGAGACUAUGGAGUUAUUUUUUAUGUAGGCAAAAUAUCUGAUCACAAUUUAAUAAAAUGUCUCCCAGCU